AACAACCCUACCUCCGACCUUUUUUAAAAAGAAUGUCUUCGAAAGAUUCUCCUUCAGAUAGCCCUACUUUCACCUAUCUCAAGCUCGAUGAAAUUUCAGAAUCCCUAGACACACCUACCAUAGUCAUCCGUCUACUUCAUUUCUGGGAUGCCCGUGAUUUCAAACGCAACAAUCUUCUUCUGAGUGUGGAGUGUCUUCUUCUGGAUGAGGAGGCUAAUGUUAUACAAGCAUCUAUCCACCCACGGCAUCUUCACAAGUUUCGAUCUACACUCAAACAUGGCUGCCUCUUCAUGAUUACUAAUUUCGAUGUCAGGAAGCAACCAAAUUCAUACCGCCUCUCUGACCAUGCGUACAAGAUUUUACUCAAUGAUCACACCUCAAUGGAUGUUCUAGACCCUGACGAAUACUCUAUUCCCCUGGAGUAUUUCUGCACUCGGAACUACAAGGACAUCCAAAGUUUGGUGGGUAAAGGAGAGAUGUUACCAGAUAUUGUAGCCCAAGUGUCAUGUAUUCAGAAUGCCGAUAAGGUCGACGAAACCACAACUCCACCGAAGACUACGUCGAACCUGAUUCUUACGUGUGUAUUUGACAGUGGUGACACCGCUUAUGUCUCCGUCUGGGAUAACCAAGCAUCUAAGGUCCGUGAAGAUGUUGCUCUCCUAAAAGAAGAGCCUAUUGUAGUAAUCGUCACUGGUGUGAAUCCCAAAAACCUGCGUGGUGACCUAUAUCUCAACGCCACUGCCUCGACCAGAUUCUUUUGGAAUGUUGAAAACAACAUUACAGAGGAAUUCCGUAAAAGCCCCUGUUACCAAAAAGAUUUAAUUCCCACCAUUGAAAACCCAGCGCCCAUGUCUGCUCCUGGCGACGUCCAAAGCAUCUCUGAAAUCCUUGCUUAUGUUGAUGAACAAAGCGGGAAGGAGAAACUUUUCUGGUGUAAGGCAAAGGUUGUGGACUUGAUUUUAAGCAGUGGGUGGUUCUUCAUAUCAUGUACGACUUGCUUUAAGAAAAUGGAAACUUCAGGUGAUACACUCAUAUGUGGUGGGGCAUGUGACUCUGAUACGGCUAUUGGUCGGCUUAGAUAUCGCAUUGAAGUUGUUGUUGACGAUGAGUGCCAAACCUCUACUUUUGUACUCUUUGACGAACCGGCUAAGAAAUUAUUCAAAUCAAGUGCAUCUACCUUGGCUGCGAAAAAUAAUGUAGCUCAGAAUGAUGCUUGUGGCCUCAUAGUCCCCAAAGAAAUCCAAAAUUUAGUUGGCAGGAACUUUGUAUUCUGCAUUAAAGUGCGAGAAUACAAUUUCACAGCUAAGUACCAGAGUUUUGCUGUCGCCCAAAUUGAGAUACCUCCAGCAGUAGCAGUGAAGAAGAGGCCUGCACCUCCAGGAAGUAGCAAAGGAAAAGCAUCUGAUUUAGUGCCAUGUAAUCCAAAAGGCGAGAAGGCCAGUGAUGUCAGCCAGCAGUCGAAGAAGCAUCGUCCUCUUAGGAAGAACAAAAAUAAGGUUAUUGGAGACACUGAUGACGAUACGGUGAGUAGCCGACAAUCUGAUCCUACCUUGGAAGAUGAUGUCUAGCACCCUUUCAUUGAAGCAUAAUAAAAAAUGGAACCAACGUCCCAUUCUCUUUCAACAGCAGUUUAUUUUCAACAAUUUCAGCAUUUGUUUCAAACUUUGUCCUUUCUUUUAUCCACU